AUGUAAAUUUUAACAAUCUCAGAAAUUUCCUUCUCAAUUUUCAGCAACUUUUCCCAGAACCCAAACGCAAACAGAAAGUAAAAAAGCGAAAUGUUUCUUGUAGAUUGGUUUUAUGGGAUUCUAGCGUCUCUUGGGUUAUGGCAGAAGGAAGCAAAGAUCUUGUUUUUAGGGCUUGAUAAUGCUGGCAAAACCACUCUGCUUUUCAUGCUUAAAGAUGAGAGAUUAGUGCAGCAUCAACCUACGCAGUACCCUACAUCAGAGGAGCUGAGUAUAGGGAAGAUCAAAUUUAAGGCCUUCGAUUUGGGGGGCCAUCAGAUUGCUCGCAGAGUCUGGAAGGACUAUUAUGCCAAGGUGGAUGCUGUAGUGUACCUUGUUGAUGCCUAUGACAAGGAGAGAUUUGCUGAGUCAAAAAAGGAACUUGAUGCUCUGCUCUCAGACGAGUCGCUGGCAAACGUCCCUUUUCUCAUCCUGGGAAACAAGAUUGAUCUGCCUUAUGCUGCCUCAGAGGAUGAAUUGCGAUAUCACAUGGGUCUGACCAACUUCACCACAGGCAAGGGGAAGGUUAAUCUGGAAGACACAAAUGUUCGUCCCCUUGAGGUUUUCAUGUGCAGCAUCGUGCGCAAGAUGGGAUAUGGCGAUGGUUUUAGGUGGCUCUCUCAAUACAUUAAGUAGGCAAGAGAGAAAGCAAGCCUGCCACCUCCAUCUGCGAUAUUCUUGCAACUACCGCUUUGCCUCUCCAAGUUUGUAUUAGGAGGAAGAAUUGAAUAUGGGUGCCCUGUAAAUAUAAGUAUAAUAUAGGCUUUUGUUAGUAGCAGCUUUUUAUUAAUGUUAGCUUGAAAACUUAUUUUCGAUAUUUCCAAGCCACCCUUGUUCUCCAGUUUGAACUUUGGUAAGCCAACAGGUUAAAAACGAGAGGGAAGAUGGUAAAAUUCAGGUAGGUUGUUUAGCUCUAAGAUAUCCCCAUUCUUCGUCAAUAGAAGCUCCUAAGGAGAUGUCUUUGUUGGAGUUUUGAAGUUUGAAUUUUGAAAUAGGUGAGGAAGGAUUAGAGAAAAGGGGGAUUAUUUCUAUUGCAUGGCACAUCGUUUAAUGUAUUAGGAAAUAAAAAAAAAAACAUUGA